AUGAAUUUAUCAAAACAACAGGAGGAAGCUCCGAUCAUUCAGAAAGGGAUUCAGCUAACCAAGUAGGAUAAAGUAAACAAAUGCAGAUAUUAAAUGAAUAGAUUUAUCAUUUUGAUAUGUUAUCCUGGGCCUCUGCAGGUGCCACUUUAGUGUCAAUAUGGCAAAUAAUAAUACCGUUUACGCUCUUUUCUUUGAAUAAACCAUAAUUGAUAUUGGGAAUCACGAGUAUCUUUUUUCUGCUGAUCAGCUUGGUGGUUUUGUAUUGGAGUCAUAAGGGAUACAAUUUUUAUAAGAAAGUAUAGUGUAAAAAUUUAAAUUUGUAGGAUAAGAAUGAUGAAUAAAUGCCUUUGCAAGCUUGGCAUAUUGAAGGCUUGAUCUACGUUAUUAGUUUCAUUUUAAUAGCAUUAUAUGCAAGUUGCUUCUUUGGCAUUUUAGAAAACGAAGGAUACUCCUGGGCUUUGAUGGCUGCUCAAGGAGUCCCAGUAAAUACAGCUCAAAAGGAGGCUUUCAUAAUUGUGUUGUCCCAAUUAAUACUAAUUUUAGUGGAUCUGGUUCUUCUGGCCUAUUAUGCUAAAGUAUCAUACCAUCUAGAAUUUUAACCAAUGAAUUUGCCAUCCUUAUUGGGUUGGUUUUUGACGAUGUACGAUUAUUUCUUAUUACAAGAUUCAUCUUUAUGUGUUGUAUAACGAUAGGAGACACCAAUUAUUUGCCAUCCAAAUUAGGUGGGAUAGUUGAUUAAGAAAGUAUGGAGAAAGCAAAAGGAGCUCACACUUCAAUAUUUUGGACCUGUUUGAUUGGUUUGAUAUUUUCUUUAUUCACGUUGUUUGAACAAAGAUCAAUUCAAUAAGAAGUAUUCCCAAAAGUGAAAUUCUAUUUCUUACCAUUCCUUUUGAUCAUGGUGGCUAGUGUAUUUUUAAUUUCGAACUCCUUAAAUUUCUUGUAUGCUUCAAGUCAGUCAAUUUAAGAAUUGAAGAAGGACUGCAAAUCAACAAUCCAGACCUUCUCCCAAACUUACAUAGAUUCUAUAGGAUGUCCAGCAAAAUACAAGACAGUGAAUAUAUAAGGUAGCAAUUACUUUGACAUGUAUUGUCAAUAAGACGAGGUUGGUAUAGUAUGGGAGAAUGAAGUGGAUAAACCUAAUUCUGAGAAAAGGAAUCAACUAGCCUGUAUGAAUUUGUCUUGUUGUUAUUUAGUAAGUGAAGAAAGAACUCUAUUUUAUAAGUAAUAUUUUUUCUAUUCAAUUUUGACUGCAUUUUUAGGAUUCAUAGCAGCAGGUCAUUGUUUUGACAUUGCUCUACAAGAACCGAAUGUAAUAAAGGCAGGGCCAUCAGUCUAUUCAUAGACCUAAUAUAUAGUAUAGAUAGUUCUGGCAUUAUUUUCAAUUAUUCUUGGAAUAUAUUUGUCAAUCAAAUACAAUCAGAAAGUGCCAAUUAAAAUGCCAGAAUUUAAUUAUAAGGAUUAAAUCAAUUUAGAACCGAAAUAUUUCACCAAUCUAACCCCCUUAUCCUCAAUUCCAUAAUGUUAGGAAGUGAGAGAUCAACAUAAUAAGGCAUUCAAAGUUCAUUUUGAUCAUAAUGCAUGUGCAGGCUAAGCUAAAUGUUCUAGAAUGGGAUUUUAUGCUUGUUUAGAAUCGCAAAAUGGAAUAUUCUAGUUGCUACCUACAUUUCAAGAUUAAGAAAUAGCAAUCUUUGGAAGUCAUGCAUAUGAUCCAUAUGUCCUUUAAUAAGCAUUGCACGGUGAGGAAGCAACUGACAAACUAUGCUUUGAGGGUUUGGAAGGACCUAUAAACUAAUUGUUGAAUUCUAAAGUGUAUGUAUGCCAUCCACCAGAUAAAGAGGCAACUGUUAGGUUUUCAACAAAGGAAAAGGAGAUUAUUUUUGAAUAAAUGAUUCAAUAUUAAGAGGAGGAGUUUGACACCAUCAGAACUGUUAAAUUGCCUAGGCUUUCUCAUCAAAAAAGAAAUCAUAAGGAUCUUGGCGAAACAGGAGAAGAGGAAAGUUUAGGAUAGUACACUACAGUCACUAUAAUUGUAAGUGAUGCUGAAACAUUUGAACCAAUUGUUGGAGCAACUGUUACUAUGUACCAAGAUGUGGAGAAAUGUUAGGAGUUGAAUCAAAAUUUAUAUUAUCCCAUUCGAAUAGCUCAAACUAAUUCCACAGGAAUGAUAAGCAUAUACAAUGUUUAGAUGAAAGACAAGAGACAAACCUUCAAUCUUGUCAUUAGAUAGGAUGGCUAUAUGUUCAAUUGCUUAAUUGUACUAACAAUAAAUUUAUAUUUAGUCUGAUCAUCUAAAGCCUUUCAAAUAGAAUAUAUUCCACGUCCCACUAGUGAAAUCACUCACUGAUCAACAGGAAAUGAAGGUUCUACUUUGGCAUUAGAAUCCGAAAUUGAAUCUGGAAUUGGGUGCCAAUGUGCUCUUGGACAAAAAUCAGCAAUGUAGUGUUGGCUUUUUCUUUUCGGAAUGCUCCUUUAUGAAAUUCACCUCUCAUCCCAAAAGCUAAAAUCAAGUUUCGAGAGUUAUCACUCUAGAAAAGAUAAUACAAUUCACUUACAUCUUCUUUGUUCGACAUAUCCCCAUCAAUUCUGAUAUUAUUGAAGUAGUAAACAAUAAGGGGUUAUCUCUCGUGGCCAAAUUACAAGCAGAAUUACAAUCAGAAAUAGAGGAAUUUUAGAAAGCGUAACCCAAAGUCUCAAUUUAUUCAAAGAAGAACCCUUAUCCACACAUUCAUGAAAUGCCUCAUACUCUGUCAGCUGAAAUUGAUACUACUCCUGAUUUGCUCAUUUGGCUUUCCUUCUGUAUGAAUGGAAAAGUUGGCCCCGAAUCAAGUGCACCCAUCAAUCACUUCUGGGAAAAGAAGGACGAAUCCAAAUUUUGGCAAAGACACACUGUCCAACCAAACACUAUACCCGAUUCCUCCAUUUGCGAUAAAAUGUAUAAAUAAUAAUAAUGA